AUGGAUACUCUAAUUUUUGUUGUUGGAAAGGUCUCAGAGUAUACUGUUGCUCAUAUUGAACAUCAAGCAAGUUACUUGAUACGCUACAAAGCCAAUUUCAAAAUGUUAACUGAUGAUGUUAAAGAUCUUGAUGAUGAAAGACAAAGAAUGAUGAUUUUGGUUGAAGAAGAAAGGAGAAAUGCAUGGCCAUUUCCCAAUUUGAUUUCUCUACAUCAACUAAGUAGGAAAGCCACAAAACUUAUAAAAGAUGUUGUUCAAGUUCAAGGAAAAAGGGUUUCUGGUCCAGUUGGUUACCUUUCUGCUAUAAAUGGAGUAGCCUCUUCCUCCUCAACAAGAGGUGAUGAAAAAUAUGAGACAAGGGAGUCACUUAAUCAGGAGAUUAUAAAGGCUUUAGCAGCCCUUAAUUUAGGCAAUAUUGGAGUGUAUGAGUUAGAUGGGGUGGGUAAGACCACUCUGGUGGAGGAAGUUUUUCAAUUAUCCAAGCAACACAAAUUUUUUGAUGAAGUGGUUACAACACAUGUAUCCAAAAAUCUAGACUUGAAAACAAUUUAA